AUCUUCCACUACCGAUAGUGAAGGAGGGUUCUCUCAAGCCAUGGUGACAGUCGUGCACUCUAUUCAAGGUUCAUAUCUUGUCUGAGUCCAGGGCUUCCGCUGUAUUCGGGCGCCGCGGCUCAAACAUGAAUGCCUGAUCCUUCAACGCCUACCAUGACCAGUCGUGACAGAUCAACAAACACACAUAUACGACUGACUAGCUGAAUCCAUGUCGAUCAAUUCCUGCGACUUCGAUCUUGACUCAGAUCUCAAGCUGACUACCAGGCCCCAACUUGGCGAAUAUUCUUCGUCUUAAGAUCAUUGAAUGGCCGAUGACCCGGAGAAAACAAGUCUCAGCCAGGAUGGCCUUCAGCAACACUCAGAGGAGCCUGAGGAGAAAGAGGCCAAAGGGAGUGGCGGAGACUUCCUGCGCAUUUUCAAAUAUGCGGACAAAUAUGACUGGAUUCUCAAUGCGACUGCGUUUUCUUGCGCCAUCGCCUCGGGCGCAGCGCUUCCCUUGAUGACAUUGAUUUUCGGCAGCUUCACGAACAAGUUCAAUGGAUACAGCACAGGCAGUUCAGCACCCACCACCUUCACGAGUGACGUCGAUUCCUUUGUCUUGUGGUUCGUUUACCUUUUCGUUGGAAAAUUUGUGGUCACAUAUGUCGCAACGGCAACUAUCAGCAUUUCAGCCAUCCGAACCACGCGAAAUCUUCGACGAGCAUUCCUGGAGUGUACCUUACGGCAAGAAGUCUGGCACUUUGACAAACAAACCAUUGGUGCGACAGCAACCCAAGUCACCACCAAUGGCAAUCGUAUACAGACUGGUAUCGCAGAAAAGCUCGUCUUUACGAUCCAGGCACUUGCAAUGUUCUUUGCUUCUUUCGUGGUCGCUUUAGCCACACAAUGGAAACUUGCUUUAAUCACCAUGUCCAUCAUUCCCGCCAUAUUUCUGGUUAUCGGAGGUGCCAUCGCAAUCGAUGCUCCCAACGAAGCCAGAAUUACCAAAAUCUAUUCCAGAGCGGCCGUCUUGGCCGAAGAGGUCUUGUCGUCAAUACGCACAGUCCACGCUUUCUACGCACAGAAAAAGAUGCUUCAAAAGUACGAUGUUUUUCUUCAAGAAGCUCAUACGGAGGGCAACAAGAAGUGCCCGAUUUACGGCAUAUUGUUUUCGACCGAAUACUUUUGCGUGUACUCGGCUAUUGCGCUAUCAUUCUGGCAAGGGUUUCGGAUGUAUCAGAGCGGUGAAAUAUCCAGUGUUGGUACGGUCUUCACGGUUGUUCUCUCGGUAACCAUCGCUGCCACCUCGAUUUCCACGCUUGCACCACAAUUCCAAUCCUUCACGAACGCCGCCUCUGCCGCGUCCGAGCUGUUCAGCAUCAUCGAUAAGCCAACACUUCUGGACCCCUUAAAUCCUGAGGGCAAACAGCCUUCCACCUGCGAAGGGCAAAUCGAAAUCAGAAAUCUCGCUUUUGCCUAUCCAUCCCGUCCCUCGGCACAAGUCCUACACAAUCUCGAUAUCUCCAUCCCAGCAGGCAAGACCACUGCUCUUGUUGGAGCUUCCGGCUGCGGAAAGAGCACGCUCGUUGGUCUUCUUGAACGAUGGUAUCUGCCCACUUCUGGUACAAUAUUGCUCGACGGUAUUGACCUUGUUGAUUAUAACGUCAAGUGGCUACGGAGCCGUAUACGUCUGGUUCAACAAGAGCCAAUUCUUUUCCGUGGAACAGUCUUUCAGAACAUCGCGAAUGGAUUCGUGGAUGAGCAGAGGCGGCUGCCUAAAGAAAAACAGAUGGCGUUGGUCAGAGAGGCCUGUAAGGCCAGCAAUGCCGAUGUCUUUAUCGAUGAACUCCCACAAGGUUAUGAGACGGAAGUCGGUGAGCGUGCUGGGACAUUGAGUGGUGGACAACGACAACGCAUUGCUAUAGCGCGCAGUAUCGUUUCGGACCCAAAGAUACUCCUGCUUGACGAAGCCACGAGUGCACUUGAUCCACAGGCGGAAAAGAUCGUCCAAGAUGCACUCAACCGGGUCUCGAAGAACCGCACAACACUAAUCAUCGCACAUAAACUUGCUACAGUCAAGACCGCAGACAACAUUGCUGUUAUCUCUCAGGGAAAGAUCGUUGAGCAGGGGACACACCACGAGUUGAUCGAACGCGACGGCCGGUAUGCCGGACUAGUACGAGCACAAGAUCUUGGAGGAGAUCAGGAACAAGAGAAUGACAAAAUUCGCAACGAAAAGAGAGCUCUUGACACGGCAGGUGAGCGUGUAGCUCUUCAACGUACCACUACGGCCGCCACGUCCCGAGGUGGAGAUAUCGAGAAGAACACUAAGCCCCUCGGUACGCUUGGUUAUUCGCUUCUCCGAUGUAUUUUCAUCAUGUUCAAGGAGCAAAAGAACCUCUAUUGGUGGUUCGUACUGUCAACAAUCGCUUGCUUCAUAGGAGGAGCCACCUUUCCCGCCCAGGCCCUUCUCUUCUCCAGGCUUUUGACUGUCUUCGAAUUGACUGGCCACGAAGCUCAAAAACGAGCCGACUUCUAUUCCCUCAUGUUCUUUGUCGUCGCAUUGGGAAACCUGGUGGCUUACUUCGCAAUCGGCUGGACUUGCAAUGUGAUUGGCCAGACUGUGACGCAUCGGUACCGGGCCGAGAUGUUUCAGCAGGUGUUGGCUCAGGACAUUGAAUUCUUCGACAUACCUGAAAACACCUCAGGGGCUCUGACCUCGAAACUCUCCGCGGUACCAACCCAGCUGCAGGAGUUGAUCUCUGCGAAUAUCUUGCUGGUAUUUAUUGUGCUGGUGAAUAUCGUCUCUAGCAGUGCUUUAGCGUUGGCGUAUGGGUGGAAACUAGGCCUGGUCGUCGUCUUUGGUGCUCUUCCACCAUUGCUCAUCGCCGGCUACCUUCGUAUACGUCUCGAGAACAAGCUCGAAGCGAAGAACUCCGAAGCCUUCUCGGAAAGUGCUGGCCUGGCGAGUGAAGCGGUCACCUCUAUCCGAACGGUCGCAUCUUUGACCCUUGAAAGUCACAUCCUUGACGAAUACUCAAGGAUGCUCGGCAACGUUGUGACAAGGUCGGUACGUGCACUGGUGUGGACCAUGUUCUGGUUCUCAUUAUCGCAAUCCAUCGAGUUCCUGGCCAUGGCUCUCGGUUUCUGGUACGGCAGCCGGCUGUUGGCUUCAGGGGAGUAUACGACGAGUCAGUUCUACAUCAUUUUUAUUGGCGUCCUGUUUGCCGGACAGGCCGCCGCGCAAUUCUUUGGGUAUUCGACCAGCAUAUCCAAGGCGGGCGGCGCGGCAAACUACAUUCUUUGGCUACGCUCUCUCAAGUCGACGAUCAUAGAAAACAAUCAAAAUAAGGACAAUGGGCCUGACGGUGAAGGGCCUGUCAAUCUGGAAGAUGUCGAAUUCAGGUACCGUCAACGAGAUACAGCCCGAGUUCUCCGUGGUAUUUCCAUGACAAUUGAACCAGGACAAUAUGUGGCGUACGUUGGUGCCUCAGGCUGUGGCAAAUCAACCCUGAUCGCCCUGCUGGAACGCUUUUAUGAUCCUGUCUCCGGACGUAUCUGCCUUGGCGGCAAGGACAUAUUGGAGAUGUCACCACGAUUAUACCGAGGACACAUGUCGCUUGUGCAGCAGGAGCCAACGCUGUACCAGGGUUCUGUGCGGGAAAAUGUCUCAUUGGGCUUGGACUUUGAGCCCUCGGACGAGCAGAUUAGGGAGGCUUGCCGCAAAGCCAACGCCCAAGACUUUGUGGUGUCACUGCCAGAAGGGUUCGAUACUCCUUGCGGUUCUCGUGGGAUGCAAUUUUCGGGGGGUCAACGGCAGAGGAUUGCGAUCGCUAGAGCUCUGAUUCGCAAUCCGAAACUAUUGCUGCUCGACGAGGCGACCUCAGCACUGGACACGCAAUCUGAGCGUUUAGUGCAAGCCGCUCUCGAUGAGGCAGCGAUGAGUCGGACGACGAUUGCUGUUGCGCACCGCCUCUCGACGAUUCGCAACGCAAAUGUCAUUUUCGUCUUUGCGAACGGCAAGAUUGCUGAAAUGGGCACGCACGCGGAGCUACAACGAUUGAAGGGCAGAUACUAUGAAAUGUGUCUGGCCCAAUCGCUUGAUCAAGCAUGAGGGCGUUCACCUGAGGUCGUGGGUACCGUAGAAGGAAGUCGGACAUACUCGUGUAACCAAUAACUCAUCUCCAUUCUUUCAA